AUGAGACAAAACGGUCUUUUGAUCUGUGUUUUUCUUAGGAUCUCUGCCCGUGCGAGGUUCAAACUCUCUCCCUCUGUCUCUCCCUCUCUGUCUCUCCCUCUCUGUCUCUCCCUCUGUGUCUCUCCCUCUGUGUCUCUCCCUCUCUGUCUCUCUCUUUCUGCAGCAUCGGACAACAGCCAGCGGUUUCAGGAAACGUGUUUUGCGUUCGCACUAACGCCGCAGCAAGUCCAACAGAUUAGCAGCUCCAUGGACAUCUCGGGGACCAAAUGUGACUUCACAGUACAAGUUCAAUUACGGUUUUGUCUCUCUGAGACGAGUUGUCCUCAGGAAGACCACUUUCCGCCCAAUCUGUGUGUGAAGGUGAACGGGAAGCCAUGCAACCUCCCGGGUUAUCUUCCUCCAACGAAAAACGGUGUGGAGCCGAAGCGCCCCAGCCGGCCCAUCAACAUUACCUCAGUGGUCAGACUAUCCACCACAGUCCCCAACACCAUCGUGGUGUCUUGGACCUCAGAGGUUGGAAGGAGCUACUCUAUGGCGGUGUACCUGGUCAAGCAGCAGUCGUCCACAGUACUGUUGCAGAGACUACGGUCCAAAGGCAUCAGGAACCCAGACCAUUCCAGAGCACUCAUCAAAGAGAAGCUAACUGCAGAUCCAGACAGUGAAAUCGCCACCACCAGCCUGCGUGUGUCGCUGCUCUGUCCGCUGGGGAAGAUGCGUCUGAUGAUCCCGUGCCGGGCGCUGACGUGUUCCCACCUGCAGUGUUUUGACGCUACGCUGUACAUCCAGAUGAAUGAGAAGAAACCCACCUGGGUUUGUCCCGUCUGUGAUAAGAAAGCCCCCUACGAACAUCUCAUCAUUGACGGGUUGUUUAUGGAGAUCCUGAACAGCUGUGUAGACUGUGAUGAGAUCCAGUUUAAGGAGGAUGGCUACUGGGCCCCCAUGAGGACAAAGAAGGAAGUACAGGAGGUCUCGUCAGCCUCCUACAGCAACGGACUGGAAGGCUUGCACCGGUCGGCGGUAGGGGAGCAGAGGAGCUCGUCGUCCCACAACGGGGGCAGUAGUAGGAUGAAGGUGGAGGUGAUCGACCUGACCCUGGACAGCUCCUCAGAGGACGACGAUGAUGACCAACCGCCCCUCAAGAGGCCCUGCCCCUCCCUGUCCCCCACCUCGCCUCCCAUCGUCAACAAGGGCUCACCUCCACACCCCACACCUCUCACGCCCCCUGUCAGUGUCUCACACACCCAGCUCACAGGUCCCCCACCCACCAGCUGGAACCACACCCACCAGGUAACACUCACACCCCAACCCCUCUCUCACCAGGACACCUCUCCACCCCACUACCACAACCCAGCCAGCUCACAGGUAACACCCCUCAUCUACCACACCCCAACCCAGCUCACACCUCUAACACACCCCUCAUCUCACACCACACCCCAACCCAGCUCUCACACACCACGCCUCACACUCUCACACACCUCCACACACCAGCUCACCCCUACACUCACACACCUCUCUCGCACCCAGCUCACACACCUACCACCCACACCCCAACCCAGCUCUCAGCUCACAGGUUUGCAGAGUAUUACCACCCCCACCCACCAGGUGUCCCCAGUGACAGGACCCCCAGCACCCAGCUCAGGUGGACACCAGCUACAUCCCCCCCUCCCCCAGCUCCAGGACUACCGUCCCUACUACCACGCCCCAACCCAGCUCACAGAUCUGAAUUUCUUCUCCUUUCUACAAGGGGACAAUCAUCAGCAUUACAACAUGGUGAUGGCCGCCGCCGCCGCUGCCUCGGCCUCAGACGACCACGAGCUCCUCCUCAACCACUUCCGUCCCUACACCACCUCCUCCUCGUCCUCCUCCCAGCUGUUCCUGGACCAAUCUGGGGCGCCCUCCUCUGGCUCGCUGGCGCCCGUCAACGGUGGUGAUGGAGGAAACAGCAGCGGUGGCAGCAGCAGUAGCCUAGUGUCCUCUAGCAGUCUGAGAGACACUCACAGCACACACUCCACACACUCUCACACACACCCCACGCACUCACACACACACCCCGGCGUAGGAGGUCGGUCCAGUGCUGAUGUGGCGGCCGCAUCCCUCUACGGGGCCGUCCCCGACGUGAUCUCACUAGACUGACGAUUUUGUUUUCGGCGACUAGCGACUGACUCCGAAACAGAGUGUUUGUUGGUUGUUUAAUGGAGGAUGCAGUCAUGACUUCUAAACUGACGCAGAAACAGUUUAACGGUCCCACCCAGUCUACAGCUCUGGUUUUAAGUUGUGUCGUUAAGGCUGACUCCAGAACAGUGGAAUACCUGUCUGUGGCGGAGCCGGUCCCGAGGUGUCGUUUGACUGGGCUGACCCAGGAACAGUUAUAAAGUCACACCCCACAGAUGGAUGGGAUUGGCACCUAGUGUUGCUAGACUGACUCCAGAACAGUUACCGGUUGGUAGCUGGCUCCCUGACAUCAUUCCACUAGACUGACUCCAGAACAGUUACCGGUUGGUAGCUGGCGGCUCCCUAACGACAUUCCACUAGACUGAUAUCAGAGAGGUCUAUGUGUUUCAUCUCUGAAGUCGACAGACUGGCCCUAGAUCAGCUCCCUGCCGGUACCUACCAGAAACGCCGUGCAAAAACGGAGGAAGGCUUUUUUUUUGUACGAAAAGAGUAACGCUGUGUACAGAGAACAAAAAGUAUAUUUUCUCUUUUUACUUUUGUAUAUUAAUUAAUUGAAGAAUUUUUCUGUCCCAUAAGUAACUUCAGUUGCUAUUUUGAAGUGGAGACUGAAGAUGUAUCCACACAGCUAUACAUACGUUUCCCCUCGAUAAAAUGAACUUUAAUAUCUCAUUACUUUUCUUUGGUUUUUAUCCUGUUAGAUCUGAUGGGGAUUUUCCUCACACAUUCAUGGCAUUACCUCUUGACAUUUUCAACUUAUCGAUCUCUCUCUACUCUUCAUUUUUGAAAUCACAGUUGAAUUUGUUCUCCAAGACAAUAUCUUUUCCCUGGUUGACUUGUUUGUUACUGUAUAAUUUGUUUUGGUAUUCUGCGUUCUAAGUUAUAUGUAAGAUAUAUGAAUAAGUCUCUCUGGAUAAGUGGAUCUGCUAAAUGACGUAAACAUGCAUUCCCUAAGGACUUCAGGUUGAUGCUGUGGGGAGUGUAUAGCUAGGUGGGUGAUAUUAGACAUUUCUGAUUUUCGUCUGUUAAAGGGCCAGUGGCGUCAGCAUUCUGUUUCCAGGUGUUUUUAUCAUAGUGCAUCAACGGCUGAUGAAACUAACAUGGUAAAAGUGUGAGAAAAAAACGUAAAUCAGUUUUAUUUCCUGAUAGUUGCUGGAUGAAAAUAAUCUACACAGGACCUUGUAAUCAGCAGGUUUGUUUGGGCGGGAAUUUCAGCUUUACACGGUGACGUCACCAUGUGGUAAAUUGGUUGCUAGACCAAUAGCAAAGAGACUUCCAAACCCUCUCUGCCAAUAACAGCUCGUGUUCAGUUUCCCCCCCUUUACACGGUGACGUCACCAUGUGGUAAAUUGGUUGCUAGACCAAUAGGAAAGAGACUUCCAAACCUCUCUGCCAAUAACAGCUCGUGUUCAGUUUCCCCCCUUCCCACUCAGACCACUCCCGGACCAGUCUCUGCAAAAUUCUUGCUUUAGAGCGGGUUUUUUUCUUCCUAAAAAGCCAUUUUUGCCCAUUUUUAUGGACAUCUAUUACAGUAAAGGUGCUUCAUGUUACCUAGAAAUGAUUUGAUAUCGAUAUAUAAAUGGCUGCAUUGGGCCUUUCAUCCCCCCCCCCCUUCAAUUAACCGUCUGUGCAGUCAUUAUCAUUAUGCACAACAUUUCAAUUUGACAACAUUUGAGCAGAAAAUGUGUUGACAUUUGUAUGGUUCUGAAAACUACGGUAGACACAGAAUGCCUUUUUAACUUAAGAGAUACUCCACAGUCAUUUCAUGCUUUUAUUUGAAACCUCGUUAUAUUCUGUUGGUUUUGCUUAUUCAGCCACAUUUGUCACCUUUUGCACAAAACCAUGAAUGAACUCAACCCACACAGAGUGCAUGUGUAUCUGGGCACUACAUAUCAGUCAAGUAUCCUCCACCUAUCACACACUCUUCCUCUCUGUUUUCACCUGGUUGUUUGUGAGACACUCCAGCUAAAGUCAUAGCAGAGAGGAGUACCCUGUACAGGUGGAGGGGAGUACCCCGUAGAGGUGGAGGGGAGUACCCCGUAGAGGUGGAGGGGAGUACCCGUAGAGGUAGAG